AUAAUUUGAGGUAAUGAAAGUGGAAGACAGUGGAUCCGUGUCUGUCUGUUUAUCUAACAUUACACCGCUGCAAAUGAGAAAUGAUCAUUUAGAUACACCGUUGUUAUGAAUAUGUAAUGUUUACGGAUGUCUGCAGUUGAACUCUCAGCUAGAGAAGUAGUUUUCUGUAUGUGACAGUUUUUUCAGUGCGAAAAGUCGCAAUGGAUCGAGCAUUAAACUCUGACCCUGUCAUUACAGCUCACACUGAAGGUCGUUUUCAGCGCUGGAGAAUUUGUAUUGGGUUUUGGUUACUGGGGCUUUGCAAUAACUUUGCAUAUGUGGUGAUGCUGAGUGCAGCACAUGACAUCUUACAAAAACAGGAAUCUCAAAACACAACAACACCUACUCCAGCUCCAAAUGGGACUAACAUAGAGAUAAGGAACAGCAGCAACCGCUUUGACUGCAAUCCUGUGUCCACUGCGGCUGUGCUGUUGGCUGACAUCUUACCCACCCUCAUAAUCAAAUUCACAGCACCUUUCUAUAUACACAAAGUGCCUUAUGGUUUCCGUGUUUUGGUGUGUUUCUUUACGGCAGUAGUCAGCUUCCUGAUGGUGUCAUUUUCUUCAACUGUAUUGAUGAGCAUAACUGGUGUCGUCUUUGCCAGUAUUAGUUCAGGAUUGGGGGAGCUUUCCUUCCUCUCCCUCUCUGUGUUUUUCAGCAGGGAUGUGUUAAGUGGCUGGGGGUCUGGCACGGGUGCAGCAGGAGUAGCUGGAGCUUUCCUCUACUCAGCAUUUACACAGGCUGGUCUGACCCCCCAAGUUACGUUAUGGAUCAUGCUGGUUGUCCCUGUUAUUUUGGCUGUUAGCUAUUUCUUCCUCCUUGUGUUCCCACCCUCGUUCCCACAGUGGAGACGGCACAAUGUUGGUCACAGUUAUUUCAGAACGCCGAACUCCAGGGAGAGACGCCCUUUAAUUGAGGAAGAGACUGAUACUGAUGAGGACUCUGAGCCUUCUCCUGAAGAACAAGAGGACCAUCACAUCGGACCCCUGACCUUCACUGACCAAAUAUACGUUUUUAAGGGCCUGUUGAAGUUUAUUAUUCCUCUUAGUGUGGUUUACUUCGCUGAGUAUUUCAUUAACCAGGGACUGUUGGAGCUGCUCUACUUUCCUGACUCUCCUCUCUCACAUGCAGAACAAUAUCGCUGGUAUCAGACAAUUUACCAGAUUGGUGUGUUUGUCUCCCGCACAUCUCUUGUCUGUUUUAAGAUCAGGAAAAUUUUCCUUAUGUCUCUCCUACAGUGUGUGAAUGCUGUUGUGUUGGGUUUUGCUGUAUAUUACCAGUUCUUGCAUUACCCAUGGGUGGUCUUUAUUAUUGUCCUCUAUGAGGGUCUGUUGGGAGGAGCAGCCUAUGUGAAUACCUUCUAUUUCAUCCAUGAGGAGACCGCUGAGCGUGAGAGAGAGUUUGCCAUGGCUGCAGCAAGCGUGGGGGACAGUCCGGGAAUCGCUCUCUCUACAGCUGUCUCCUUCCCCGUUCACCAGUAUUUCUGCUCUUUAUGAGUGAAUGAAAAUGUGUGUAUGUGAAAUAUAAAGACAUUUAUAUCAUCAUAAAAAAAAUCCUCUUAACAUCUUGAUCAAAAAACAGUACAUUCCAUUAAACUUUGGACUAGUAUGUUAUUAUUUAAAUGAAUGUCUUCUUUGUAACUAAAAAUCCUGGAAUCAAAUGUGUAAUGUUUCCUAAAAGUAUUCUUUUAAGUAUUAAAAUAUUUUGCUUGAGGUA